AUGGCAGCACCUCGGAGGCUCACAGCAGCCAGCAUGCUUCUUCUAUUCGGUACCCUAGCACUCGCGAACCAGGUCGUGUUCAGCCACGGUGUGCACGGUUCCGACCACCUCGGACCUUCUGUGCCGCACCGGUGGUUCAGCGAGUUCGAUGCGCGCGCCAACGGGGACGACGGCAAGGCCCCAGAGGGCAUGGAGCUGAUCCCACUUGCUGUCCAGGGCGAGAACGGGGACCGCGUCAACCUCGCCAUCUUCGCUGACGGCUAUGAGAAGGACAAGUUCCUUGCCGACAUCAAAACACUUACCGACGACAUUGUUGGCGAGAGCGGCGCAAUGGCGCACGUCGCUGACCUCGUCAACGUCUACGGCGUAUGGGUCGAAUCUGAGAAGAGCGGACUGGGCCACGACGGCCCGCUCCCAGGCAGUCCCUUCGGCUUGUACCGCGAAGGCGCGACUCUGCGCGCCGUCAUGCCCGGCUACCCUAAGCGCGCGAGAGCGGCCUGCCAGCAGUGGAGCAAGGACAAGGACGCGUGCGACCAGGCCGUGAUCCUGGGCAACGACGAGCUGUACGGCGGUCUCGGCGGCGAGUUUACGAUCACGACGAGCUCCAAGGCCAACGGCGUCGUGGUUGCGCGACAUGAACUCGGCCACUCUCUCAUCGAAGUAGGCGAGGAGUACGACGGCGGCUACGUCUACAGCGGGGACAACAGCGACCUCGUCGAGAACGUGGGCAAGAUCAAGUGGGCCGACCACCUGAGCGAGCCAAACCCGGUCAUUCAGGAUGCGCACGUCGCGAUCCAGAACUAUGCGUGGCACAAUCUCAACACGUCCUGGUCCGGCACGCCCUCCUCGGCGAACAACAAGAGCUGCUCCGACGCCUACGAUAACAGCAUGCUCCGCCUUUCGCUGAGCUCGAUUGCGCAGCCGGACCACAUCAACGUCACCCUGAACGGGGAGAACAUUGACCUCGCCCCCGGCUUCCUCCCCGAGAUGAAGGACAGUCUCGACCGGCGCUGGGUCGAGAUCUUCCUCACUGAGCCGCUCCCCGUGGGCAACUCGUCCCUCCAGAUCAGCCUUACGCAGAAGGGCAGGGAGGCAAAGGAGGGCAAGGGCGGCAAGAUGGUGACGAGUGUCGAGAUCAUUGAGUAUGGCCGCAGCUUUGUCAAACAGGAGGGAUUCGUCGGUGCGUUCCCCACUGUGUGGGAGAAUGGCAACAUCACGCUCCGGCCUACGAACGAGGAGUGCAUCAUGCGCAAGGUCAACUAUCCCUCCUUCUGCUCCGUGUGCAAGGACUCGCUGAGGAAGCAUCUCCUCGGCCGUAUUGAGAAGAAGAAGGGAGGCAAGAAGUAG